GCGGCGGCCGUGGCGAACGGCGCUUUGGCCGUUGUAUACGUUCGUUGUGCCGCGGGCAGCGAGCAUCGACGAAGCUGUGGCGAUGGCGUUGACUUUUGGAUAAACAGAUUUGUUUUGAGGGUUAUCAGUACCUUCUCUGAAGGACGCGACAAGAUCGUGCUGUGUGUGUGCCCGUGAGGAUCGGGUGCGCGAACGCCGUGCCUCUUGGAUUUACACGUCGCAGAGCAUUUUCCGAGUGUAUCGUGCGUGCGCUGCUGCCUCCAACACCAACCCUCAGGAGCAAGCCCCCCUCGAGUUCGCUUCGAGGACCAAUGGGCGCUGUAGCGCAACAGGACAUCGUCUUCGUGCACCGGGCCGUGCGCCUGUAGGCGCGCCCGCCGUGUGUCAUGGGGCGGCAGCCGGCCCCUGGCGGCACCUCUUGUUCGCCGCCUCCACCGCCGCGGUGGUCCACGUCGUGGCUUUCCAAGUUGCGGCUGGUCGGAGCCCUAGCCGCGGCGCUCGUGCUCACCCUGGCCGAACCUGCGCACGCCGCCUGGCAGGAUGCCCUCAUCGCCAAAAAGACCGUCGCCCAACUGCCUCCAGAUCUGAUUGGGAAAUUUCGUGGCAACCAGACACACAGCGACCACUUUCGUCUUCUAGAACAGGACGGCCACAACCUUCUUGUGGGGGCUAGGAAUGUUGUCUACAACAUCAGCCUUUCAUCGCUGGAGUUACAAAAGAAGCUGGAGUGGUUCUCCGAGAGUAAGGAUAUCGACAUGUGCAAGCUAAAAGGAAAAAGCGAGGAGGCAUGCCAGAACUACAUUAGGGUGCUGGCGAGAAAAUCCGAAACAGUCAUUUUUGUCUGCGGCACCAAUGCGUACAAGCCACGCUGCAGGGACUAUGUGAUAUCUCCGGACGGGGAGUACACAGUGAAGGAACAGGUGCCGGGAGAGGGCCUCUGCCCCUUUGAUCCCAAGAACAACAGCACAGCCAUUUUUGCCGGUCCCUUAUCAAGGAGGACAGAUGGUGACCUGUACGUGGCCACUGUUGGCCAGCUUUCAGGGGCAGACCCACUCAUCUACAGAAAGCCACUCAGGACAGAACCUUUUGACCUAAAGCACCUGAAUGCCCCCAACUUUGUGAGCUCCAUCCACUACGAAGACUAUGUGUAUUUCUUCUUCCGCGAGUCAGCCGUGGAAUAUAUCAACUGCGGCAAGACUGUUUACUCCCGUGUAGCAAGGGUAUGCACUCGGGACAAGGGUGGGCCUCAUAAAUUCCAGCAGCGCUGGACCUCCUUCCUCAAGGCCCGACUUAACUGCUCCGUUGGUGGAGACAUUCCGUUCUAUUUCAACGAAAUACAAUCGACCAGCCCAAUUGUGGAUGGCAUCUACAAUGGCAAGGAAGCCAAGCUCAUCUACAGUGUAUUCACCACGCCACAUAACAGCAUCAGUGGAUCUGCGGUAUGCGCAUUCCGUGUGGAGGACAUUCAGCGGGUAUUUGAAGGCAGUUUCAAGGGACAGGAUGACAUCAACUCAAACUGGCUCCCCAUUGUCAACUCUAAAGUUCCGGAGCCCAGGCCAGGCCAGUGUGUCAAUGACUCCAGGACACUACCAGAUGUGACACUCAACUUUAUCACGGAGCAUCCGCUCAUGGACCAGGCAGUUCCGUCACACUUUGGUCGACCCAUCUUGGUGCACACAGGCUUCCAGUACCGAUUCACUUACAUUGCUGUGGACCCCCAAGUGGAAACUGUGAGCGGCAAGAAGUACGACGUCCUCUUCAUCGGAACAGACACUGGGCGUGUGCUGAAGGCAGUGAACGUACCACGGCAGCAGCAGUCAGCGGGAGGCCACCCAGUGCUGGUGGAGGACGUCGGGGUGUUCCAGGGGGCACCUGUCACUAACCUGCUGGUGCACCGGCCACAAGGGCGCCUGGUUGUUGUCACCCACUCGGAGAUACAGGCUGUGCCACUGUUCGGCUGCCAGCGCUAUGCAGCCACUUGCGCGGAUUGUGUGGCCCUCCAAGACCCAUACUGCGCGUGGGACAGCGAUCGAAGCACUUGCGUCAACCCAAGCUUAAGGGUUAGGAAAAAGGACAGCUACGUCCAGAACAUCGAAGAAGGAUGGGACCACCGAUGUGGCCAAGGGGUGUUGCAGGGGGCAUCAGGUGUGACAGCAUCUCCUCCGGUGAGCGUGUGCCCCCCGUGUGACUGCACUUGCCCUCCUCCCCCAACCCUUCCUCCCACGUCGUCGCCGCCCCCCACCGAAGUCGACGACCCAGACAUGGCCGCCGAAGAAUUCAAUGACCUCACACGACCCCAGUUCUUUGGGAGGCCCCCAUCAUCGAACGGUCCCCUGCGGUCCCCACACCAGUACCAGGGGUCUGGAAUGGACGACGCUGCUCACCCAAAUUCGGCGUCCCGUCCCUUGGGAGACGGUCACGAAGGCGCUGUGGCCGGCUCUUCCUUGCAUGGUGACCAGAGGACAGGCGGUUCCUCCCAGUUCUACACGGCUGAGACUCUGGCUAUUGCUGUCACCACCAGCAUUGUAGCCUCCCUGGUGGUGGGCUUCAUCAGCGGCUACAUCUUCAGCCGGCGCUGCCGCAGCGACGAAGAAGCAGAAGAGACGUGCCCGCCCGACGACUAUUCGCGUUACCUGGACCGGGGCGGCGACCCCCACUCGGAAGGUUUCCUCUCAUCGACACACAACCAUGCCAAGCCCAUCAACCUUGUCCUCAACGUGCCGCCCAAGAACGGCAAGAAUGCCAACAGCUCGGCGGACAACAAGCCUCUGCAGAAAGUGAAAAAGAUUUACUUAUAGCCUCUUGCGAGGCCGGGCCUGGAGCCGUUUCAGGUCUAUUGAGCACCUCGGGCUGCAACAGAUGCACGCUCUCUUUCCCUGCACAUCUGGAUGGAAGGCCUUCAUCAACCUGCGCAGACACUUUGAUGCAAGCGCACCUGGAGGAACGAGCAGCAUCUCGAGCACGGCGUGAUCGAGCAGCCGACAGAGGAAUGCGAAUGGCCAUUAUGCAAAGCGCAAGACGGCACCGCGCACCUUCAAGAGGCGCCUUCUCUUUCUUUCUGCGAGGCCUCCGCAGCACAAGAGCUGUGGGCUUGCCGCUCCUGGGUCCGGCAUUUAGGGAAAAUUGAAAGAAAAGCAAAACAAACAAAAACAGUCAGUUCAAGAGACACCAGCAAGCGGGUACCUGCCACGCUUGCACAAAUGGAAGACUACAGGGGACUGCAUGUGCAACGUUGUUUGCUCUGCUGCGUGUGUGUGAUGGCAAACAAGUGUGUGUGUGCACUCUUGCUUGCAGAGCUGUGCCCUUGUACAGCCACCUAGCCCUUCGAUAGCUUGGUGACUGGUCUAGGCUGAAGUUUCUGCAAGCUCUGCUAAUCCGCGAGUGUUCUGUCUAAUUAGUGGUGGACACUCUUGAGUGGCCAGAGACCAUGUGUAGUCUACACCUACCCCCACCAGCCCCCAAUCCCAGCAAUCCUGCAGAGGAGGACAGCGAUCAGAUCUAGUCUUGGUUGGCACGCAUCAGCACUGGAGCCUUGCAUCAUCGUGGGACAGUGUCCGUAAAGCGCCAAUGCUGGCUUCUGCAUCUCGGUUGCAUCUUGCCCAACAGUGAAUACGCUGCAACGGUUGCUCUGCCAAAGGACUUACUCGUACCUUGCCUGGCUGCCUCCACUUUUAUUGUUUUACCUUUUUCCACCCUCUUUACCACCAGUAUACAACUUGUUACGCAUUGUAAAGCAUCAGCAUUCCAUUCGCAAGUUACUUCAAUUUUUAGGCAUGAUUAUCGUUUAUUUUACACCCUACCCCUCUCUUGCUCAAAAAAAGUGUACUUUGCGCCGUUUCUUUACACCUACGUCUACAACUGUUUGAGCAGCAUGUCAGUAAGUGAAUUUUUGUCUCCUAAAAGAAAUAUAUUAUUUAUUGAAUGCCAUUCGCAAAGGCAACAUUAAGCAUAAAUGUACAGAGCCGGUACACGUUUUCGUGACUACUCCCCCCUCGCCCCCCUCCCUUCCCCUCAGUGCUUUCAUGCACACGCACCUAUCUGUUCAUAUAUUGGUCUGGUAAUUUCCUUGCCGUCCCCUAGCUGCUGCCAGGAUACGUGGACACAGCAUGCGGCAUAAUUGGCAUACUAUGUACAGCAUGUGGCACGAAAGUGGAGUGGUCCCUGUGGUUCAAUUUAACCUAGUCUCGAAAGCAAGCAUCCAGGGUUUUAUGUGUCAGUCCAGUGUCGUCGCUUCACUCGGCAUAUUGUGUGUACUUUACAUAGUCGAAGCAUGUAUUGAGUGUAUGUACUUUUGCUGGAACUCUGGCGCUGUGCUUGAUAGGGAGUCCCACACAGUUACGCCGCUCAAGCAAGGACUGUUGUACAAAGAACACACUUUUCAGUGGCGCAUACAUCGACCCGUGAAGUGACGGAAGCGUCUCGAGCCACACAACUGCUAGCUACAAUGCGAGUUUUCUCCACCUGUGGCGCAUUGAUCCUUGCUUCUUUUUAAUGCAAGGACUUAGCUCUGAGACUCUUCAGUACUACCACCCUGAGACUGUCCUUCUAUUUAAAUACCUAGCUGCGGUCAAGCGUGUGGCUUUGCCAAAAGUCGAAGCGGUGGGCACAUUGAAAUAAAGACCGCCAUUUGAUCAUGUAAAAUACGGGGAUGUGUUCAGAAUGGAACGUGUUGUCGGCUAGCUGCGUCACACAACAGUGGCUGGUGAUGCAGCAUGUCCCACGACGCAUUUGUGAAUUUGCUUCAUCAUUUUCAGCACUCCUGUGUCAUAGACUGUGGAAUAGAACUUGUCAUUAUUUCAUUUGUGUGGUUGUUAAGUAUUGUGUAAGAACUAGAAGUCCGGCAAUGAAAUCUGAAAAUUAAAAAAAAAAAGGCGUAGAAUGUAAAUUAAUACAAAGAAGUCUAUUUAUGCAUGGCAGCUUUCAUCGGGCACCUGCACUCAAAUACUCGUUCGUGAGACGGCGUUCUGAGUUUUUUAUAUAUAUAUAUAUAGGAUAUAUUUCUCGGUGUGUUAUUUUAAUUGUAUUUUUAUUCUUGUACAUAGUUGAUAUGUCAUUAGAGCUUUUGCGUUAAGUUUCGUUGUUUUUAGAUUGCGGCUCCUGUGCAACUUAACAAAUGCUCCGCAAUCAGUGUUUAGACCCGUGUCAUGUAAAUGCUACACAGAACUCCUAGCAAGUGGUUCGAGGAAGUGGUUUGCAGAAUGUCCGGUAGACACCUUUUAAUCUUGCUCGUUCAAAGGAUAUACUAUAGUGAAAAUAUGGGCACUGCCUUGGCUCCAUUUGUCUAAGUAACAAGAAGCAGUGAAGUAUAUGUCCAUUGAUAUAAGUCAUUCUGAACAGAAAACAAUCGGACCUUAUCUCACACACAGUCUGUAACAUUUUGAGAAUGACAGAAAAAGAGAGAAAAAAUUGUGGGAAGUGUCGACCAUUAGAAUGCCCUUGUUUUCACGAUAGCAAAAGUAUGCUAUUGAGGCUUGUGAACGGAUCCUCGCCCUUUGGAACUCCUCAGUCUAUGCUAAUGACGCAUGUCAUCUUCAUUUAUCACUUGUGGCUGUCUUGCAGCUUUAGCUCGCAACUGUUUCCUUUCAUUGCAAACCAUCGCUUAUCGCAGGAAACGAAGCGAAAUGAAGGUGCCUUUAGGGGCUAAGUUGAGCAUUACGCUUGACGUUUGUGUUGCAUCCUGUCAUGUUCAUUUGUACAUUUUAGAGACAUUACACAUAUUACGAUGGGCACACAUGUGUUUCUUGUUUACCUGCGCAAAGCCAGUGAUCGAACAGGCAGCUUCAGGCGGCAGUUUAGCUUUUAUUAUCUAAAAAAGAAAAAACACUUAGGCAGAUUAUUCGGCACCUUUUGUUUGAAGUCAAGCACUGGAUGUUUGCGCUUCAUUUUCAUUAUGUAAAGGAAGCGUAUGGCAGUUUAGAUGGGUGUUAACAGCUCAUGCAAAGUGGCACGCAACACAAAGUGGUACUUACAGUGUAACAGAAAUGGAGCCUGACCAGCAGGUGUUAAAAGCUUCGCACAAGUUGCAGAUGUGACAUGACCACUCAUCAUGCAAGCGUAAGCUUCCCGUUGUUGCUGUGUGGCUAAAAUCGGUCAAUAGUUUUCAGUGCAUUCUCGAUCUCAUGCUGAACACGUGUACUUUUGCUUACGGCAAGCAAACUUGCAACCUGUGAAGAUCACUGCUCACUGCAUUAUGAUUAGUACGGAGCACCCACUUUUCCGUCUUGUUCUGCCCUUAUUGUUGAUGACUUUUUACUUGCGCUUGUACCGCUUGCACCAUUUCAUUGAAUGUGCCAGCUAGGUGUUGCUUUACGUGUACAUAGGCUGCCCCCAUCUCCCCUUCCUCCAUCUUCCACAAUGUGUAAUAUGUGACUAUCCAGAGCGCUUCUGAUUUUACUGUCCUCGAAGAAAACGAAGAAACAAGGCCAGGAGACGACAGGCAUCUGGCAACAUAGUCAGGCCAGUGUUCCCUGCUGGCUACGUACAGCUUUUUCGUCAGACAAUAACAGUUAGUAAUAACACUGUAUACAGGGAUAAUGUUGUAAUCGAAGCCCUCCUCUUCCCCUGAUCUGCUCCCACCUCGACAGUCUGUAUCAACAAAAAGAAAGAAAAAAAAGAUAGUGACAUUUGUGUGCAUACAUCGUAUUCUUUUGUACAUCGAGAGAAGUGACCCUGCCCGGAGAGUGCUAUAUUUUCUUCGUGCAGGCUAGCAUGUCCAUGUCCCUUGACAGCGCAAGUAUUGUACAGGUAUGUUGACGUUACUAUGAUAAUAAAACUUCUGACUCCAAGGUG